GAAGCGCUGCGUUUAGAUCGAACGUUUUGCACGUACCCAAUUAUAUUACAAAUAACACGGAAAAGAUUGACUUGCGCCCAGGUAAUAUAACGAGCGUAAGUUGGAUAUCUUUCCGCCCUCGCGCACCGGGCGGCCUAGCCUGCAUCUUUCUUGUUUUUGGCUCUCGCCUCAUUUUCCGCUCAGGCAAAAUACCUAAAAUCCCGUUCCUCGGUCUUUCUUUGCUCCCAAACCCACGGAAAUGCUUGCUACGCAGGCUACGGGCGCCCCAUUGAAUGAUUUAACAGUUGGAUAAAAGCUACGGGCUACGGGCUACGGGCUACGGGCCACGGGCCACGGCAGUUAAUCAUCACCCUGUGAUAAGCCGUUGAAUAUUCUUAAGAAGACUAAGAAGGAAGAAGAACAUUUAGGAGUUGUUUCUUACUUAUUUCUGACUUACUUGCUUGUUUCUUACUUGUUAUUAUUACUAUAAAACGCGAGAGAUCUGGGUUAAAUCGUAAGGCAUGAGUGGGUUUCCUGUGAGGUCCAGCACAGGACCUCGUAAUCAAAAUGGCUGCCGUGUUUGGUAUUAGCCGAGUUCUCUCAAGAGCAAAAGUGAUAUGCCCAGAAAAGGAAAUAAGAACACUGCUUACAUUUGGACAUCUUAGAAGAUGUAUGUCCUCACUUGUAAAUGUUGAAAAGCAAGGGAGCAUAGCCAUUUUGGAGCUCAACAGAAAACCUGUCAACAGCUUCAGUAUGGAGUUUUUACAAGAAAUCAACUCUAACCUGAAUGAGUUAGAAAAUGACCAAGAUUGUCAAGGACUCAUUAUCACUUCAGGCCUUCCAAAAGUGUUCUCUGCUGGUCUAGACCUUGUGAAAGAAGUUUAUCAGCCAGAUGUGAAGCGUCUUGCUUCUUUUUGGAGCUGUUUCCAGGAAAUGUGGCUCCGCCUCUAUGGCUCAAGACUAGCCACCAUGGCAGCUAUAAAUGGACAUGCCCUAGCAGGAGGCUGUGUAGUGGGUUUGGCAUGUGAUUAUCGUGUCAUGGCUGAGGAAUUUCGAAUUGGAAUGAUAGAGAUUGAGGCAGGCCUCCCACCACCAUUUUGGGUUGCUGGCAAUAUGGCAAAUGUUGUUGGGCAAAGUAAUGCAGAGCAGGCAAUUCUGAGUAACCAGAGAUAUUCUGCUGAGGAAGCCUUAUCCAUCGGCUUGGUGGACAAAGUUUUGCCAAAAGAUAAAGUCAUGGAAGAGACAAAAUCAGAAAUGGAGAAAUGGGUCAUGUAUUCUGGAAGGGCCAGAGAAUUAACGAAAAAGAUCAUGCGCAAACAGUUUAUUGAGGCGUUGGAGGAUACGAGGGAAGAGGACAUCAAGAACUUUGUUGAUUGCAUUCUCGAUGAAGAUGUACAGAAAGCAAUUGGAAUGCAAAUCGAAAAACUCUCCAAAAAGUAAUAGAUAAGGCAAAACAUGCAAGUGAAAUUUGCGAAUUUUGGUACUUAUAACAGUCUUAUGCAAUUUACAACAAUCUAAUUUGGCACAGGUAAUCGUAUGAAUGCGACUGCAAUUAAGGAUUUAUACUACUCAUGAUAUUUGAAAAUUCUCUCAAAUUUGCAUUCGCCUGAAGGCGAGUGCAAGUUGAAAGAAUUUUCAAAUAUCACGAGCAGUGAAAAUCCUUAAUUGCUCGAGCUGUCACACGAUUACUCAUUUAUUAUUUGAGUGAGAAAAGUGCGAAGGCGUGAGCGUUAAUUUGCGCUGCAGUGCAAAUUUAAAAUUAACGGUAAAUUGGUCUGCCCUCAGCCAAUCACAAUGAAGUAAUUUUCUCAGUCAUAUAAUAAACGCCAUAAUCUACUUACUGUGUGAGCUUUGAUGCUCUGUUUUAUUUACGUUUCACUCUGCAGGUUUAAUUUGGAUGGUUUUAUAUACAAAGCAGCUAUUAUGAAACAAGACGUUUAUAAGGAAGUUUAAAACUGCGCUGUAAAAUUUAAAAGUAAAUUACCUUGAAUCGAUAGAAAUCAGUUCUUCAGGCAAAACCAGAAGAAGCAACUGCAUGCAUUUUUUUGUGAAAUGUUAGUCGAGGGAACAGGCAAAAACCUUGUCUUAUUCACCUCAAAAUUAAUCUCAUAGAAGUGACGGGAGCGCUGAUUAAAAACACUGACGUUUAUAA